AGAUGCACCUGGGUCCUUGUAUAUAAAUCUCCCAGACAGCAGGGAUCUGAGUAUCAGGAGAGGAGUCUGACUGAGGAUUUGUGCAACAGUUGCAGGAAAUUACAGGUGUAAUAAUGAAACCCACCAUGAAGAAAAUGAGAUCUGCUGGCAACAAUAUGCCCCAGAGCACUCUGGGAAAGGGCAAAGUGAAGUCCAAGGGUCGCUACUCCAGCUUCAUUUACAGGGUAUUGAAACAGAAUCAACGGAAAUCCAGCUUCGCUUCUCUAUCCAAGGAGAGCACUGGCAAAGAGACCUGCUUGUGUAUAGCCGACGAGGCUGCCAGACUUUCCCUCUACAACAAGCGGAAAACUAUCACUUGCCAGGAGAUCCAGUCUGCGGUGAAGCACAUUCAGGCUGCCUGCCCUGUCUAGGUGCAUGAGUCAGAACUUUAAUGUAUGUUUGCUUUAACAGUUUUAAUGUGAAUAAAUAAUAAAUACACUUUUUUUUUUUAUCUUAAAA